CAAAGCUUGUGCUUCGCAGGUCGGAUAAAUUUGGUGCUGUACAAGUAUUCUGCAACAGUUGAAUCAAUCAGUUAUCCUUGCUAUUCAGUUGUUCACAUGGAUUUCACGCAAAUCUAGACAGCGAAACGAUUGCUCUAGGGAAUAUUAGCACAAAUUUGUCAGAUUCGACAAUCCGCAUGAACAUCGUCCAAUUCUCAGUUGCCGAGUCUGAUCGGACUGAAAGCGCCAUUGGAAGAUGAGAAAAACGCGGCAAGCCGCAGAAUUUUCGGAACUUAAGGAACUAGUACACCAGCUUCGAGUGUCCGAUCUGCAACAAUUGCUUGGGGAGCACAACGUCAGUCGCAGUGGCCGUAAAACUGAGUUGAUUGAGCGUGUCCUGAUCCUUGUGCGUCAGAAUAUUUCCGUGUUGAAGCAUAAAGUGCGUGACCUCCACCGUAAAGCUCUGCAGGAGUCUGUAGAGUCUUCCUCCAACUUGGCAUUGCAUAGCGCAAGAGAGCAUUCGGUACAGCCGUCCGUCAGUACAGAUUCAAACCUUGCUCUAGCGGUGCAAUCGCUCAUUUCAUCUGGGUUGUAUGUAGGUGCUAACAGCGACAAAACUAGCGUACCGAACAACAAUAAUAAUAUCCACGCAAUAGCUAAUUCACGCGCUGUAUCAGCGGGAAUGUAUCAGCAACAGUAUGCAAAUACUGUUCAAAAUGACAAUCGCGUAAGCCAAGUGCACGCGAAUGGUAUCACGACUCCAGGCUAUGCUGAAAAUCCAGGCUUCCCAAUUCACCCAGAUGUUCGCCUGAAAAAGCUAGCAUUCUACGAUGUUCUGGCCACUUUACUUAAGCCUGCUACAUUGGUGCCUAGCAACACAGCCCAGCGAGUGCAGGAAGGAUCAUUUUACUUCCACCUGACUCCACAGCAGGCAACGGAUGUGGCACUCAACCGUGACACGCGUAAUGCAAACCGGAUUGAGCACACUAUCCAGGUCCAGUUACGCUUCUGCCUUUUGGAAACGUCCUGCGAGCAGGAAGACUACUUUCCUCCCAAUAUCGUCGUGAAAGUGAACAACAAAUUGUGUCCGUUACCGAAUCCCAUUCCUACCAACAAACCCGGAGUUGAACCAAAGAGACCUCCGAGGCCGGUCAACAUUACACCAAACGUUAAGCUUUCCCCAGUUGUAGCGAAUCAUAUAACUGUAUCAUGGUGCACUGAAUACAACCGCGGUUAUGCUGUUGCUUGCUAUUUGGUACGCAAAUUAACGUCCGUUCAGCUCUUACAAAGAAUGAAAUCCAAAGGAGUGAAGCCUGCGGACUACACCAGAGCAUUAAUAAAAGAAAAACUGAAUGAAGAUGCAGAUUGUGAAAUAGCUACAACCAUGCUGAAAGUAUCACUUAUUUGUCCUCUGGGUAAAGCUCGCAUGAUAACUCCGUGUCGGGCUUCUACAUGCUCCCAUCUGCAAUGUUUCGACGCAAGACUAUACCUUCAGAUGAAUGAGCGAAAACCUACUUGGAACUGCCCCGUGUGUGAUAAACCGGCUAUUUAUGAUAAUUUAGUUAUCGAUGGCUAUUUCCAAGAAGUAUUAGAUUCAAAUAAGUUGUCGUACGAGGAUACAGAAAUUCAACUUCACAAAGAUGGAUCUUGGAGCACACACAUUAAACAAAGUGAAUUUUGUGACGAAUCUCCUGGAAAAGCCAUCCAGAAAGUUGAAGUUAUUUCGGAUGACAUAGAAGUUAUUACUACCGAUCCUCCCAAAAAUACCAUCGUCCCGCAGACAUCUGUCAUCUCACCUAAUGAGCCCACCUCUACAACAACUUCCAACGAAACGGUGGACCUAACACUCAGCGACUCGGAUGAUGAAGUAUCACAUAAAAGGAAAAUGAAUAACGGCAGAUCGACAAGCAGCUCUAAUAAUCCUUCUUCAUCUUCCUCUUUGACUGGCAACGCUUCGGCUGGUUCCGCUGCAUUAACGAGAUCCAAAGUCAAUGAAAACCUUCCAAUAGGAAAUAAAAGUAUUAUCAUCAGUGAAGAAAUAUUAGAUAGCGAAGAAAUUUAAUCAUAUUACAAUUCUUAACUAUGAACUGUACGGAAUCACAGGAACAUGUCCAAACAAAAUUUUAGUUAUGUGUACUUCAAAUUGUAUUGGCCAAAUCUGUAAAUUUAAAUUUACUUCACAAUUAUUGAACUUAGACAAUUGUGUUGGUCUGCUGCUGCUCAUUGUUAUCAGUAAGGAUCUAACGUUUUGUGUUUUACGCAUAUCAUACUGUUAGAUUUCCGAUCCAAUACUCAGUCAUUUGAUUUUUUUUCUUAAAUUAUGAAAAGAACUAAAAGAACUCUAUUUUGUUCAUUAUUUGAAACAACUGUGAAUGCACUGAAUGGUGAAUAACAUCGGAUGAACUAUUAACGAUUGAAAUACAUUAUCGACCAAAACAAAUAUAAUCCGAAAAAUCUUAUAAAUCAAGCAGAAUAGUUGUUUUUAUUUUCACAGAUUUGAUAAAAAAAAAACUUGUCUGUUUAUAUUCAACAGAUUUAGUUUGACAUUUCAACACUUUUUAUAUUGGUUCGCACAAUGUUCAUUAUUGCAUUCUGUGCAAUUGAAAAAUAACCUACAAAAAAUCCUGGUGGUGUGCUAGCUUAAGUUAAACAGUUUACUUUGCAAUAGUCGACCAUAACUUUAUUUGAAAAAUUUUUACAAAACGUUAACAAAACGCGAAAUAGGGGAAGCAAAAGCUCACGAUGCAUUAUAGUUUAGAAAGUAUAUUGGAGCAUAGGCUAUAAAUUUGAUACAAUUGUUAUUUGAUUGCGGAAAAAACUCUAGAGUAUAUUCUUUAAAUAUCUCAGUAUUUUGUUGGA